AACAACUUCAUCAAGAAGGCCAAGGCCGAGCACAUCGUGAUUGUUGCACAUAGUUUGGCUAAAGAAGUAGUUCUUCAUGGCCUAAGGGAAAUUGAUGAAGCAAGGAGGCGGAUCAAGGCAGUGGCAUUCACACACACCACUAUCGAGGAAUUAAGAGAAAUCAAAAGUUGGCUCAAUGAGAAUGCAAGAAAUUGGGUGUGUUCUGAAGAACCACUAGACACACCGGUGAAGAUCGACUGUAAAGAUGACUGUGACCAAGUGUCUGCAGGGACGAAUGAACAUACCAUGACGUCUCACCUUGCCAAAGAUUCGGUCUUCAAUUUUUUCGAAGAAAAACUAAGUGAUGCAGCAGCAGAAGAUGAUUCCAGCUUCAUUAAACCUACGCAGUUCAGCUUGAUAUCUCCGCAGCAUCGGCCGCAUGAACUAGAAUUGGUAUAUAAGAUGACCAGUAGCCSUAAAGGACUUGCCGUGAUUGUCAACAUCAACAACUUUCAAAACGCAAAAUAUGAGAAAAGGGAAGGCUCAGAAAAGGAUAAAGAGGGGCUUGUAAAAUUAUUUAAAGAGCUGGACUUUGAAACCGAAACGUUCGUUGACCUCGCUAAAGAAAAACUCUUGGAUGAAUUCAAAGACAUUACUACCAAGGAUGGUUUCAAAGCCUACGACUGCUUAAUUGUCUGCAUCAUGAGUCACGGGGAUGAAGACUAUUUCUUUGCCGGCGAUAGAAAGGAGAUCAAAAUCCAAAGUAUCCAACAAAUGUUUAAUAACAAAAACUGCGAGGCACUUUGCGGAAAACCCAAGCUUUUUUUUAUUAACGCCUGUAGAGGAGAAACUGCUGAUCCUGGAGCAGAAGUCAAGGAAAGUGGGUCCAAAUCGUUAGUAAAAUCUCAACCUCCGCCAGAGUCAGAAGCCGACAUUGCUGUCGAGAAUAGUGGUAGGGAAACUACGGCAGAAAAUGCGGAUAUGCUCACUGCAUUCGCCAGCGUUGAGGGGUACUCUUCUCAUCGUCAUGAAGAGGAAGGGAGCUGGUUCAUUAGCAGCUUGAUAAAGGUUUUUAAAGAAAAUGCUGGUGUGGAGGAUGUGAUGAGCAUGCUGACUCUAGUGAAUAAAGAAGUGAAUUCUAAAGGAAGACUGGGGAGAAAGCAAGUUCCAGAAUCAAAAAACACUUUGACUAAAAAAGUAUAUUUUUGGCCAGGAAUGACAUUUAAAUAAUAUUGAAAUUUGAACAGUCAGGUUGUCGUGUUGCUCCAUUCAUUCUUCUUAGAACUAUCAAACGUCCUGUAGUAACUGCUAACACUGUAAUUUUUCCUUAUUAGGCCUAUUCGUAUAGGAAAUCGCACGAUCUCGAUUGUACGAGAAGAUCGUGCGAUUUUUUGUUUAUUCACUCAACAAAAUUUCAGUAAAAAUUGCUAAGC